AUGCUGAUAGCCCUCCGCACUCGAAUCCAAACCCCGCAACCAAAGGAAGCAACCUACAUCGAUAUAUCUUCAUCAUUCAAACCCGGCUCUAUGGAGCCAAUCCUCUUACUCUGUACCUUUUUUGCGGUAUUGGUCUACCAUACGCGCAAAAGUGUACCACUCUAUGCUGCCAAGUUUCGCAAAGCCAGCAAUACUCCGUUAUACAUACAUAUGGUUGCUGGAGCUGCCGAGAUCAUUCGCUAUCACAUUACCGUCUUGACAGAUCAACCGUCCCCGGACCUCUUGGAUCUUGUACUUUGCUUGCUUCAAUCAGCAACCACACUGCAUCUAGCGAAAACCUUGAUCCGAGGAGACCAAACGACCCGUCCAACGUAUCAAGUUUCGGGUCUAACUCGCCCUUUCCUAACGUUGGCUGCUCUCUAUACAAAUAACGAGCAGCUCCACCGCGGUUCCGUCAAGCUGGUCAACGGUUUCAUCUAUGUGAGGCUGAUCAUCUUUUCUUACCGCGUUCUGAAGUUGGACCGUGUUUUCACGGGCCCCGCCGUAUACGCACACGCCAUUUUCAUAGGCGGUCUACUCGCCGUUUAUGAAGCUGGGUUUCCAUUCGGGGUACCCGCGUUUGUGAUCCAAGUCGGUCUUAUAACUUCGUUGCAUAGAUUCGUGGCGGACUACGUGCAGAGAAGGACCCGCAGGGCUACAGGACACCGACCACAACAUAUCGAGUUAGGCGUUCAUGUUAGACUCCUCUUAUUUGCCGGCCUAGCCGACCUUCAAACCGUAAAAUGGUAUCAAAAGCCACCUGAAUUGAUGUCUAGGAUAAAUGACUCAUACGGUACCAAUCAGGAGGCCUAG